AUGAAUUCGAAAACUAAAUGGACGUUUCAAGAGCUUCAGAAAGCGACACAGGAGGAGCUUCUACAGAUAGUAGCAGAUUGUGAGGCAAUAUCCGACGCUCAGGCUAUAAAUUCCGAUCUUGAAGGAGAAAGUGAUGCCGACGACAAUCUUCCAUUGACAAAACAGUUUAUUCCCAAGUCAAAACCUACCACCAGGGCAAAGUCAGGCAUCAUUGUUUCAAGAAGUGUAUCAGCCAAUACUUCUACCACUUCCGGUAACGUUUAUCAAGAUGAUUCAGAUGAUUCUGUAAAAGAUCCCGAUUAUGAAUAUUCUGGAUCAGACAGUGGAUCUGAGAUGACUAAUGCUUGUAACAGUGGGAUGAAUGAAUGUCAAGGAGCCUUAGACAUCUCAACAAAGGACGUUGAAAAUGAUGAAGAUGAACCAGAAGAGACAGGUGCUGAUGGGGAUGAUGUCGAGUUUAUUUGGACGAAAAUUGGACGCCAACCAAAGACCUAUAAAGAUUUCAACUAUAAUCAACCACAAGGUGUCAAGGAUAUAGUUGGAUUGACAAAUGGAACCAUCGAUUCACCUGUGCAGUAUUUUCACGCAAUAUUCUCGGACGUAGUAUAUGAUAUGAUUAUUACCGAGUCUAACAGGUACGCAGAGCAAAAAGGAGUUGGUUUGAAUUUACAACGGGAUGAGUUGCAAGCGUUUUUUGGUAUGCUACUGAUAAUGGGCUUCCAUACCCUGCCAAGCCUAACAUUGUACUGGUCAACAGAUCAAAACUUCCAUGUAAGCCGCAUAAGUAACGUAAUGUCACAAAAGAGGUUUCUACAUAUUCUUCGCUACCUUCACCUAAACGACAAUGAAGUUAUGCCACAGCGAGGACAAGAGAACUUUGAUAAGCUAUAUAAAAUACGUCCACUUGUUGAUAUUUUGAACGAACGAUUUUCAACCCUUUACGCUCCCUACAGGGAACUCUCCAUUGAUGAAAGCAUGGUUGGUUUCAAGGGUCGUACUACGUUGAAACAGUAUAUGCCCAUGAAACCAGUGAAAAGGGGAUUUAAAGUUUGGGUGAUUGCUUGUUCUCGAACCGGUUACAACUUGGGUUUCAAGAUAUAUGAAGGCAAAGAGCAAACUGAUUCGGCAGGUAUAAGCCUGGGAGAAAGAACCGUUCUUACAAUGUCUGAUAAAUAUAAUGGUGAGGGGCGCUGUCUCUACUUUGACAACUUUUUCAAUAGUUUUCCAUUGCUCAAAAUGCUUCUUGUAAAAAAUACAUUUGCAUGUGGCACACUAAGGAAAAAUAAAAAGUUUUUCCCAAAAAGUAAAAUGAGGAACGAUAAAUCCCUGAAACGUGGAGAAUCUGACUAUUGCAUGGCCGGUGAUAUUUCUGUAUACAAAUGGAAGGAUCGAGGUACCAAACCAGUCCUACUUGCUAGCAAUUUUCACGAUCCAAGGUAA